AUGGCUGACGUUGCUAAGGUUCCUGCUUCCAACCAAGGGACAUCACAGAGUUGUGAGAAAGAGAACCGUGACGCGGGAGACGGGAAGGCUAAAAAGGAAAAGAAAUUAGAAUGGACUUUGAAUGACUUCGAAGUUGGAAGAUCCUUGGGUAGGGGCAAGUUUGGCAAUGUGUAUUUAGCACGGGAAGCGAAGUCGAAAUUCGUUGUAGCUAUGAAAAUUCUUUAUAAGGAGCAGAUAGAAAAACACGGGGUGCAACAACAGUUACGUAGAGAAAUUGAGAUACAAUACCACCUUCGGCAUCCAAACAUUUUACGACUUUAUGGUUAUUUUCACGAUGAAAGUCGUGUAUAUCUAAUCUUGGAAUAUGCAUCUCGUGGGACUCUUUAUGCUGCGCUUAUGAAAGAAAAAACUUUCUCACCAAAAGCAUCUGCCACUUAUAUGUAUCAGUUAGCAUCCGCUUUGGAGUACUGCCACCAGAAGAAAGUUGUGCACCGUGAUCUAAAGCCAGAGAAUGUACUUGUUGCGAAAAAUGGUGAUAUUAAGAUCGCUGAUUUUGGAUGGUCGGUUCAUGCACCGUCAUCAAAACGUCAAACAAUGUGUGGAACCUUAGACUAUGUACCACCGGAGAUGGUGAAACAUCGACAACAUGAUGCUAUGGUUGAUAAUUGGUCAUUAGGUGUAAUGCUCUAUGAGUUUUUUGUUGGCAAGCCUCCUUUUGAAUCUGAUUAUGAAGAGGUAACUUUGAAUAACAUCCGGAUCGGAAGGUUCAAAAUACCACCAACAGUUCCGAGCGGUGCUCAAGACCUAAUUAAGGGAUUGCUGCAGCUGGAGCCUUCCGAUCGUCUUCCUCUCACCGAAGUGAUGAGACACCCUUGGGUUGUUGAAAUGUUAAAUACACCUGCAGUACCGACUGAGACAGACAAGCGUAACUUACUAAAGAGCGCUUCGUUGACAGACGCAAAUAAGUAA